AUGUCGAAAGUGUACAAAGGCAUUAUUUCAGUGGCAGAUAAAUUUAUACCACAAGCACUACGUCCAUUAUGGGAACAUCCAGCAGGACCAAAGACAAUAUUUUUCUGGGCACCAGCGUUUAAAUGGGGUUUGGUAAUAGCUGGAUUGGGCGAUGUAACCAGACCACCAGAAACGUUAUCCAUACCCCAGUGCUUUUCCUUGGCAAUAACCGGUGUUAUAUGGUCACGGUACUCGUUGGUAAUUAAACCCAAGAACUACAGUCUUUUUACCGUCAAUUUAUUUGUGGCUAGUAUUAAUAUAUAUCAGUUAGGACGAGCGUAUCUCUACCAGCAAUCUUUAAACAGGUGA